AGAUUAAUUUACAUAAUGAAGUCCAGAAUGAAACGAGAGAAGUGAUCAAAGAAAAUUUUAGUUUCCAAGCAGAUUUUAAGUGAAGAGAUAAAAUUAAUUUAAAAAGAAAAGAAGAUUGAUCAUCAAAAAGACAGAAAAGAAAAACUUUUAAAAAUAUUUAAAGAGAUUCAGUUUAUUACAAACAUAAGAAAAAGAAAAGACUCAUAAGAGAUCAGUGUGAAGAAAGAAAAGCAGAAGAAAAUCUUUUAGUUUUUUAUUAUUAUUUCAUUUCUGAUUGUGUGAUAAGCACAUUAAUAAGCAGCAAGUAAAAAUGAUGCCGAAACGUGCUCGUUUGGACGCCGUGCGCGGUCCAAUAUCGUCGAAUGGUCCAAUGCAGACACGACCACUUGUAGCUUUAUUAGAUGGUAGAGAUUGUUCCAUUGAGAUGCCAAUACUGAAGGAUGUCGCAACAGUCGCAUUCUGUGAUGCACAAAGCACAUCUGAAAUUCAUGAAAAAGUAUUAAACGAAGCCGUUGGCGCUUUAAUGUGGCACACAAUAAUUCUCACAAAGGAGGAUCUCGAGAAGUUCAAAGCCCUCCGCAUCAUCGUACGCAUCGGUAGUGGUGUUGACAAUAUCGAUGUGAAAGCAGCCGGCGAGCUCGGCAUUGCUGUAUGUAAUGUUCCCGGUUAUGGUGUUGAAGAAGUCGCUGAUACGACGCUGUGUCUGAUUCUUAAUCUUUAUCGACGAACUUAUUGGCUGGCAAACAUGGUACGUGAAGGAAAGAAAUUUACCGGUCCCGAGCAAGUGAGAGAUGCCGCUCAGGGAUGUGCCCGGAUACGCGGCGACACAUUAGGCAUUGUAGGACUUGGUCGCAUUGGAAGUGCUGUCGCACUUAGAGCCAAAGCCUUUGGUUUCAAUGUCAGUUUCUACGAUCCAUAUCUGCCUGAUGGCAUUGAGAAAUCACUUGGUCUGAAUCGUGUUUACACUCUUCAAGAGCUCCUCUUCCACUCGGAUUGCGUCUCACUGCACUGUACAUUAAACGAACAUAAUCAUCAUCUAAUUAAUGAAUACACAAUUAAACAGGCAAGUGAAGUUGAAAAUAUGAGACCUGGUGCAUUCUUAGUAAACACAGCUCGAGGAGGUCUUGUUGAUGACGAGGCGCUUGCUCAGGCAUUGAAACAAGGAAGAAUACGAGCUGCUGCACUUGAUGUGCAUGAGAAUGAGCCAUAUAAUGUAUUUCAGGGCGCACUAAAAGACGCACCGAAUCUACUGUGUACGCCACAUGCCGCCUUCUACAGCGAAGCCGCCACGACAGAACUGCGCGAAAUGGCAGCAACUGAAAUACGACGAGCUAUCAUCGGAAACAUCCCAGAAUGUUUGAGAAACUGUGUGAAUAAAGAAUACUUUAUGAGAUCUUCAUCGGGUACUGCAGGAUAUUCGGAAGCUGGCAUUAACGGUGGCUAUUAUUCAGGUGGACUACAUACACAACAAGCCCAUAGUACAACUCCAUUAGAAGCGCCGCAUAGUGCCGGCUCGACACAUGCUGCAAGCGGACCACCUCAACAACCAUCGGCCGUUUCAGCACCACCAGCCCAAUCUGCUGUUGCUCCACCUCCAGGUAUACAACAUGCAAUGGUCAGCAAAUCGCCUCUUAGUGCCCCGGAUCCAACAAAUCAUCAUGUUUCAGCCAAGCCAGAACCAUCCGAAGUUCACUAGUUUGUUUUUUCACCAUCCUCACACAUACACACUCAUAAUUUUUUUUUCGUCUUGAUUUUCAUUGAACAUUAUUUUUCUUUCUUUAAUUAAUUGGUAAAAGAAAAAAAUGAAUUGAAAUAUUUUUCAACUUUUUUUUUAAUUUGAACUAUGUAACUAAAAUAAAUUUAAUGGAUGAGAGAUGAUGACGAUUGUUAAAGGCAUAAAAAAGUAAAAUUAAGAAAGAUUUUUUUCUCGUUCGGAUAAAUAGAAAAUCAUGUGAAAAAAGAUGUUAAAGAUGAUGAUGAAAAUUGAUAAUUUAUAAAAAUAGAUUUUUUUUCAAUGAGGAAGGAUUCUUUUAAGUACUUAGAUUGUUUAAGAAUUAACAUAAAAGAAGGAGAAGUAGAAGGAAACGUUGGCAAACACAUUUUUAUACGAUUGAUUGAUACACAUAUUUCAUAGAGAACUUAAAAUUUUGGACAAGUUUCGUUAAAUUCAGCGUGGUCAUUGCCCUCUUCUUGGACAUGUUCCAAGGACAAAUGUUUCAUUGUUGCGACCCUGAUCGAAACAUUCGCGUUUCGUCAAGUUUGAAAUUAUGAAAAAAGUAUUCGUGAAACUGUCAGACUCACUCAAGACGAUUAAAAAUCGGAAGAGGAUGAACCAUUUACUCAAUCUUUCCAGUUUCAUUUAAUGAAUUCAUUUAUACUUCCUAUAAUUUGACUUUUUUAUUUUUAUUUUUCAACAAUCUGGUUCAUCGACAAUCAUCAAAAUUGGUAGAAAAACUUUCAAAGAUUAAAAAGAAAACAAAUAGAACAACAUUAACAAAGCCAGAUUUGACGCUUCUCAGCUUGUUGAUAGAAGUUUCAUUGCUAAAAUACAUAAAUUGAACAUGUAUAAAAGUAAUACAAAAUUAAAAAUGAUAAUUGACAAAUUGAUAUUUUAAAUUUAUAAAAAUUUCAAGUUGAAAAUGUAAAUUACUGAAGAAGCAAAGAAAAACUUGUAAAUUUCUUUUAUUUUGUUAUUUAGUAAACAAAAAAUAAAAGAAAUGUCAAACCGCCAACAACUUAAAUCUCCCGCUUUGAAUUGGAAAUGUUGAAAAGUCACAAAAAUACUUAUCAUGAAAUAUCACAAAACAUGCAUCACAGAAAUUAUUUUAAAAGCUUCUCAGAUUAUUCUCGAAAGAAUUUUGCAUUGAACUUUUAUAUCUAAUUGGUAUAAAUAUUGUUUUCGUGUGCCAUUAAAAGACAAUUUUUUCUCUGAAUACUUCGAAAUAUGAUCUUUUUAAAAUAAGACGGGAGUCCUUAAAAGUUUCAAACAAAAAUUGCUAAUGUCGACCUUUGCAUCCCAAACACGGUACAAAUUGUGAUGAAUGGUACAAAAGAAUAAUUUGUUCGCGAAAAAUUUCAAUGGAAUUUCAAGGGAAGAAUUUAUGGGGAGCUUUUAAAAAACGGACAUCGAUCAAUACAAUGAUCACAAAAGAUGUAAUAAAUCGAGAGCGAAAAACAAAAUUUUAUUUCAUUUAACUCAAAAUCCCAUCCUACACAUAGCGACUUUCACUUCUGACGACUAACAAGAAAAUCAAAUGAUGAAAAGCAAAAAUUGUGAAUAUAUUUUCUGUCGAUGAUUGCAGAAAGAAAAACUAAAUAUUAAACAAAAUUAAACUUCAUCCAUAAUAAUUAAAAUAGAUUUUUACAUUACAGUUGUAACAUUGCGAAAGUCUUAGAAGAAAAUUAUUGAAAUAAAUAUGAAAAUAACAAAAGAAAAAAAUCUACAAAAAAAUCAUGUUGUAAAAAGAGAAAGAAAAUGCAAACAUUUAUGAUUUUUUUUUGAACGAAGAAAGAAAUUGUAAUAUUAAAUUUUAAGCUGAACCAACUGCAUCUGAAAUGUGUGUUGAAAUAAUUACAAUAGAAAUUGAUUGAAUUAUUUUCUUCUAAAUAGCAGCUUAGAACGCAAGAGGUAAACAUCAAGAAAAGAAAAAGAAACACACACACAUAAUUUUUUUCAUAGCAUUGACAAAGAAAGGAAAUUCCUUCAAUUAGACAAGGAAAUGAAAAUUUUUCAAAAAAAAAAUGAAGAAUAAGGAAAAGUCUUAGAAAAAUCAUUUUUAAUUAAAAAUCUUUCUUCCCCGAUUUUAUUAUUAUUAUUAUCAUUAUUUUCUUUAAAUGUAAGAAAAUUAAACUUUACAACUAUUGAAUAAUAAAGAAAGUGAAACUACCUAUAAUUAAGUCAAAGAUAAAUAAACGAGAAAAGUGAAAAAAAAAUAAUUGAAGAUAGAAAAUACACGAUGCAGUUUAAUGAUGUAAUUGUAUAAUUAUUAAAACAAGAUCCUUUUUUGAGUAUAAUGGUAAUUAUAAUGAUGAUACAAGAAUGAUGAAAAAAAAGAAAAAUUAUGAUUAUUAAUUGAUUAAUUGAAAAAUAAAGAUGAAAAAAAAA